GACGACGCUGCGCGAAUGGGGCUCGCCACGGAUCGCGGCCCGCACUCCCGCCCGGGGCACACGGCGCGCGGCUGCUGGUACUACCUGCGCUAUUUCUUCCUGUUUGUGUCGCUCAUCCAGUCCCUCGUCAUCCUGGGCCUGGUCCUCUUCAUGAUCUACGGCAAUGUGCACGCCACCACGGAGGCCAGCCUGCGGGCCACCGAGAUCCGCGCCGACAGCCUGUACAGCCAGGUGGUGGGGCUGUCGGCCUCGCGGGCUAACCUGACCAAACAGCUGAACAUCAGCGCGCACGCCAAGGACUCGGCCGUGCAGCAGCUGCAGAGCGCACGACGUGAGCUGGAGCGCAUCAACGCCAGCUUCCGCCAGUGCCAAGGCGACCUGCUCACCUACAUGAACUAUCACCCGUUCAUGGUCGCCAUCAUCCUGAGCGAGAAGAACUGCUGGGAACACCUGAAGGAGAACAACAAGACCUGUGAAGCCUUGCUCUUCAAGCUGGGAGAGAAGGCUAAGACGUUGGAGAUGGAAGUGGCCAAGGAGAAGGCGGUGUGCGCCAAGGACAAGGAUAGCCUGAUGGCGGGAAAGCGACAGGCGGAGGAGCAGCUGGCGGCCUGUGGCAAAGAGCGGGAGCGGCAGCAGCAGGAGAAGCAGGUGGCCGAGGAGCAGCUGCACAAGGUGCAGACCCUGUGCCUGCCGCUGGACCAGGACAAGUUCCAGGCGGACGCGUUAAACGUGUGGCGGGACUCGCUCAUCCCGCGCUCCCUGGAAAGCCUGGGCUACCACUACUCGCUGGUGCCCGAGAUCGCGUCCCUCCGCCGGAUGUGCGAGCACCUGCCCAGCAUCAUGAGCUCCAAGCUGGAAGAGCUGGCGCGCGGGCUGCGCCUGGGCAUCGAGCGCGUGACCCGUGAGAACGCGGAGCUGCGGCGGCAGAAGCUGGAGGUGGAGCGCGGGGCGCAGGGCACGCAGGAGGCGCGGGCGCGCGCCGAGGCGGAGGCGCAGGCACGCGAGAGCCAGCUGCGGGCUGAGUGCGCGCGCCAGACGCAGCUGGCGCUGGAGGAGAAGGCGGCUCUGCGCGCGCAGCGGGACGGCCUGGCUCGCGAGCUGGAGGCGCGCAAGCGCGAGCUGGAGCAGCUGCGCACCGAGGUGGACGUGCGUAUCAGAGCGCUCGACACCUGUCUCAAGGCCAAGUCGCAGCCAGCCAUCCCGCCAAGAGUCUCUGGCCCAGGCCCCAACCCUCCACCCAUAGAUCCUGAUACCCUGGAGGAAUUCAGGAAAAGGAUCCUGGAGUCCCAGCGCCUUCCAGUAGUCAAGCCUGCCGUCCCACCCAGUGGCUGAGGAAGCAGCUGCUGCAGGACCCUGGGCAUGAGACUCGCCCAUCUGUGGAUGGGGCCAGCCAGAUGCCCACAGCGCUGGACACCUGCAGUGCCCCAUGGCCAGCAAUCUCCAUCCCCACCUCCUCUGCCCCCUCACUGCCCCUGCUCCCUACCGGCCCCCAGACACUGGGUUUAAGGCAUAUACAGCUGUGGGGUGACCAGAACGGCACCCGCCUGCCCAUAAAGCACCCACAGCUCAGCUGCCACCCCAGGCCCUUCUCUGGCCUUGGUGCCAUUUGGUGCCUGACCCGAGAGGUGAGAAACAGGAAGUCCCAGCCUCAGCUCCCUUGGGACUUUCCAAGCUCCCCCUAAAGGCCCGGGUAAUUCUAGGUCCUCUUUUAGUUUCCAGGCCUCCCCUGGAUGGCUUCGAGGCCCCAAGAAACACAGAAUUUUCAUUAGGUUUUAAACCAUUUUCCAGGGUCUCUAGGCUCCCCUCCUUCCCACAAGGAAGGGCCUGGACCACAGGGGCGGCCUGUGGAUCUCCCAGGGCCUGUAGGGAUGCUUCUCCACACUCUGCCUUGCUUGUAUCCCUUAAAGAUAUCCGUGGCACACAAUAAAUACCACAGAGUCUUUAAGGGCUGGUUUCUGUUAUUUAUUAUUUUAUUUUUCUGUAAAUGAGGCCUCACUGUGCAUGCCAGGUUGGCUUUGACGGCUGGUGUGUGCUGAAUGGGGGCUAAGAGAUGGCCCAGCAGUUUAGGGACUGGCUGCUCUUGGAGAGGACCAGAAUUUGUUUGCUAGCUCCCACAUGGCAGCUCACGACCUUCCUACGUCCAGGGCAUCGGCACCAUCUCUUGACCUCAAGGGCAGCAGACAUGCGGACAGAGCAUUUGUCUGCGUAAAGUAGAACAGUAAAUCUUCAGAUGGACAGACUGCUAGCCGUGGUGGUACCCACCUUUCAGCCCAGUCCUGAGGUUUAGUUGGUAGAGUGCUUGCAGCUCAGUUGUUAAGAGUGUUGUAGCUCAGCCGCUAGAGUGCUUGUGUAGCCCUGGGCUCCAUCUCCAGCACCAUAUAAACUGGGCGUGGCAGGGCAUAUUUGCUGUUCCAGCACUGAGGGGGAUGAGGCAGGAGGAUCAGGACUUCAAGGCCAGCCUGGGCUACAGGAGACCCUGUUUCGAUCAUCAAAAAUAAAUAAAAAUUAAAAGCUA